ACAAGCGCAGUUGAUGCAGUCGCAAGAUUUUCGUCAUUAGUUUUCCUUCCGACGGUUUUUCCGACACCUUUUCCCUAUCGGGAUAUACGCCAACAGCUGGACCAGCACAAUCGUUCGGAAAUCGAUAUCGUGACCAAAUUGGUGUAGUGCUUUCAGGGAAUCGAGCAGGAAAAAUAUGGGAGGACUAUUUAGCUACUUUCGUGGCCUUCUGGGGAAUCGGGAGAUGCGCAUAUUGAUUCUGGGACUGGACGGUGCUGGAAAGACAACAAUUCUGUACCGAUUGCAAGUCGGUGAAGUGGUUACGACAAUUCCAACAAUCGGCUUCAAUGUUGAACAGGUCACAUACAAAAACCUAAAGUUCCAGGUGUGGGAUCUGGGCGGUCAGACCAGUAUAAGGCCAUAUUGGCGAUGUUAUUACAGCAACACAGACGCUAUCAUCUACGUAGUGGAUUCAGCAGAUAAGGAUAGGAUAGGGAUUUCUAAGGACGAGCUUUUGUAUAUGCUAAGGGAAGACGAACUGGCGGGAGCAAUUUUGGUAGUGUUAGCGAACAAACAGGACAUGGAGGGAUGCAUGAGUGUGGCCGAAGUGCACCAAGCGCUCGGACUGGAAGCCCUGAAGAAUCGAACGUUCCAAAUCUUUAAAACUUCGGCAACCAAAGGCGAAGGACUCGACCAAGCAAUGGAUUGGCUAGCAAAUGCGUUACAGUCCCGAAAAUAGUCAGCCAGCGACGGACCGACAACCUACGACAUCCCAAAAACAAACAAAAAACACAACAAACUAUGAGAUAAAGUUUUCCGAUUCUUACGCAUUUUUGCCGAGAACUGUUUGUGAACGGGCAAGGAUUAUUAAGCAGAAAUUAUUGUGUUCGGUUUAUGCCCCGUUUCGUAUGACUACAUUAAUUUCGAUUACCAGCAAAAACUUUGUAUAGAAGAAGACUCAAGAAAACCGUUAGCUAUUGUUUCGCCGUUAGUUUUUUGUUCUUUUUCGUUAAAAAAUGUGCAUUCUUGUGACCUUCCCUAAACUAAGAAAAGCAAAGCAUUAUAUAUUAGUUUGAAUGCGCAUUUCCUUUUAAAUAAUUAUUCAAAGCGUUUUGUGUCCUUUGAUAGCUGCAUCGUGAGAGUAAAGAAGAAUGUGUUUAACAAUGCGUAAUGCAGCUUGUAUAAUGGAUAGGUAAAACACCGUGUCGCAUUAAUUUAAUUUACCGUCAAUAAAAUAAUACAUAUAUACAA